CUUGCUUCAGCCACUACCAGUGAUCUGGAACAAGCAAAGAGUGAAAUAGCAUCACUUAAGGAAGCCCUAGCCCAGGCGGAAGCAAUUCCAGUGGAAGAACGGGAGAGAGCUGCUUGGCUGCUGCUUGAGAAGGAGACUCAUGCUUCCGAGUUGGAAAAGAAGCUGAAGGAGCUGGAAGAAGCUUUGGAACAGCUCACCAAGGAGAAAACAGAUGCUUGUGAUACUGCAAAUGAGCUCAGGCGUCAGAAUGAAAACUUACAAAGUGCCUUACUGACUUGUUACUUGUGACCUUCGCCAACUACAGGAGCAGCAGGAGAACAAGGUUGAUCAUGACGCACAGACAGAGGAGUCUGAAAAGGUGGACUCCUUUGUGCAGACAGAAGAUGGAAUCAUGGCUGACGACUUCGAUGUAGCAGCAGAAUCAAGCCCGUUCUCAAAGAUGGACACUGAAGUUCAAACUGAUACAAGUGACGAUGAGGUUUUCGCAAAGGAAAAUGAAAGCAUAAUAGCAAAGGAGAAAAAUGCCUGUCUGGCCUUGCAAGCAAAGGUGCGGGAGCUGAUGAACCAGGUGGCCGCUAAAAGUGCUGAAGCGGACAAGCACCAGAAGACUAUUUCCUCAUUGCAAGAAUCUUUUCAGUCACAACUGGAAGAAGCUCAAAAAAAUGAGCAGCUGAAGAAAGCGGAAGUCUUGAAGCUGAAGGAAAAGGUUCGUACUCUGUCGUUUGAGCUCAACAAUGCGAAGGAGACGGGAGCCAGGAAUCUGGAGCGUAUGGAGAAGCUCUACAAGGAGGCCAAAGAAGAGGUUCAGUUCAUGAAGAAGGUUGCAAAACCUAUGGUGCAGCAGCGAUCCACACCAGCAGCUGUAGAAUCUGCAGUUGGUCCUAUUGCACAUGAGACGAUGUUCACUCCAGAGCUCACCAAAACACCACUGGAGUCUAGAAUUUCGUGGACCGCAGCAAAGCCCAUGGCAUCGACUGUACCGCCACAUGAUACACAAGAAGCCGGGGCGAGCUCAUCGAGCGGUGAAUCGCUCUCUGUAUUGGUGAAUAAAAUUGAGAUGAUGACAUCCACCAAGUCAAAGCAAAAAGAAAGUAAUGCACUGGCUGGCGCCAACAAGGAAGAAAGCAUGGGCAAGCACACUGAAAGAGCCAAGACCGAGAAAAAGGCAACACCACCAAAGAGGGGCAAGAAACCUUCCACACCUGCAACUUCUCGUAAGCGAGGCCCGAAGAAAACUAGGCGUGGUGAAGCCAGCAGAGAGGCAUCACCCUGUGACAUUGACCUGUUUGCAGAAGCACCUGAGGCACCUGCGGCUGCCCAUGCACGGAGCGGAUCAGCGCGGACCACCGCCGAGUCUUCUGUGGCUUCACCCCCUGCUAAGAAUAGGAGGUUUUUCAAAUCAACGUACGGAGGGUGGAAUGAAUUGUUUAAAAUGUAAUCUAAAGACUAGUGCUAGGGCUACAUCCAAAUUUUGCAUAUUUCCCUGCUUAAGCCUGCACAGGGCGUGGUUUCCUUCUAUGUUAGUUUUUUCAUGCAGUGUCUGGACCUGUGACUGUCUAUAUGCACACACAAAGUAUUGCUUUUGGGACUAAAACACAUUAGCCUAAUGACCGGAAGUUUAUUUUGUUAAGCGCCGAGUACUUUGGGCAGAGUUGGACAGAGUAAUUCGGACAGUUCGGACAGUUCGAGUAAUUUGGACAGAGUUGUUAAUUUGAUUGCUUCUUUUGUGCUUGCUCGAAGUUAGCAGCAGUGUUAGUGGAGUCAUUUGGGCAGAGUUUAUAGUUAUUAAUUUGAUUGCUUCCUUUGUGCCUGCUCUGGAGUUAGCAGUUGUGUUACUGAUCUUAUUUUGCAUGCACUGCAAGCAGGAAUUCAGUGCGGGCCUUUUAUUUCUGCCACAUGCUGGCAGGUGGCUUUAUUUUUGUGAUGCUAAUGCCAUUUUAGCAUAGCCAUGAUGAACUGGCAUUCGUUCAUUGUUUUAAGACUUGUAUGUUUGUUUGCAUAAUACUCUUUCAUCUUGAGCAUAUUUAAUUAUUAAUUUAACAUAUAUAGUAUACAAUGCAUUGUACACAUACUUAUUUUAAUGUCUUCAUUUUGCAUUUGAGUCAUUUAUUAUGGCACCAGAACACUUGCUAUAGCUGUAAAGUUGUAAAGCAGCUGCAUUAAACACGUUAAUUUCCACAGUGA